CAACAAAUUAAAAAAAUCUGUUACUAAGGUAACCGAAUGAUGUUUGUCCUGUAGAUACGGUCGUAACGGUCGGUUCAAUUUUCUGUAGAAUUAGUCUCUUGACAAACGAGGCAAUGGUGCUGACUAGCAAAACAGGCUUGCUGUCCAGCGUUCAGAAAACAGUGCCAAGGAAAUUGCAGGAAUCCAGUAUUGUUGAAUUCAAAAAUAUUGCGGUUCCGGCUCCGUUUGUGUUACGGCCAUUUGCUGGAAUCUACAACCCGUUUCCAUACGGUUGCUCGAUCCUGUGCAACCAUCCAGCUGACUGCGAGGCCAAGGACGUCGUCAAGAGAGCAAAAGAAUCUUGGCAAGCUAACGAGGGGAAGCCACUGCCAGCGGACGGCAGCCGAGGGACGGACGAUGCGGACGACAUGGUGCCAGAGGAACUGUUCCGGCGCUACACGGAGACAGACUCCCGCCCUAUCACUCCCACGCCGACUCUGGCAAGUGUUAUGACACGGAUCCCUCGGGGUCGCCGUUGUGUCACGCCGGAUCCUGUUGCCCUCCCUGCACAAGAGCGCACACUGCUCGUGCUGGACUUGCGACGUUCCCACAGCCAGGAGACAUUGUCUUGUCAUGCGGCAGGGCUCCCAACUACCAUUCUACAGCCACCAACCCGUUCUCCCACUCCGAGCUCUGGAACCGGGGUAGCAACGACCCGGCGACCUGUCAAGCCUCGGAACAGACUGUCUCCUGACACCCUGACAAGACCUGAGGAUUCUGCAACUAAGCCUGUCAUGAUGAGUUUACCCCCUCCAACUGCUGGGGAGGAUGAGAAUCUGCCGAGGAGACGAGGUAGGAUGCGCCGGAAAGGGAAGAAGUCCGGACGUGAUCUUUCCGCUGGGGUUGAGAAAGAGGUCAAAGGCUUCCCUGAGCCAGGGGAAACUCAGGUGUCAGCGUUUGGAAUAGACUCGCGCAUCGCAAGCGCGCGAGCCUCCCUGACACUGCAAGGUGGGGAGGGGGGAAGUGCCACACCUGGCGACGGCCACAGCACGGCCUGGACCCCCGAGCCUUCCUACUUGGACUCGGACAUCCUCAAACAGCUGAGAAGAGAACUAGACCAGGAAGUCAUUGAUAGCGAGUUUGAUCACAAGCGUAGAGCAGCGUUACAGGAGGCUCUGCGCACGUGUCCUCCUGACCAGCGAGGCCAGCACAACGAGGAGCUCGCGCGGUUACAGCGAGAGCUGCGACUACCACCGGACAACACGCAGUUGUGGCUCUCACUGCCGCGUAUCUUCUCUCGGCAGUCAGCGCGCUUCGAGCUGCCAUUGGACCGCCGAGAACUGAACACAAUGUCUCCACUGGAUUAUGUCCGGAAGCAUGUCAGCAUAUCCAGCAACCGCCGGUUGUUGUACAACCGAGUCUUCAACCGCAACCGGAAGGAAGCCGACUCCGAAGAUAUGGCACAAGACAACACAGAACGAGCAAUCUCAGGACAGAAGAUGACGGUAGCUCUGGGCGAAAUGAUGGGUCGACCACUGACAGAGGAUGAAGCCAACUGGUUCUCCCAACUGGUAGGGUGGAAUGACAACGACUGGCUGGACUUCCGCACAUGGUGCGGGGUAUGUGCAUUGUGCGAGAGGAUCAUGGGUCCCAAGUUUUGUGCCCAGCUACCCACGAGGGAGGCGGACCCACCCAACGGUGUGGAGCAGGCCGACUUCGACUCCUUGGGCCGCAGACUCGACACGCUCAACCCUGACCCUCGACUGAGUACAAUUCUCAAUUUGAUUAAAACAUUAUAAUCUGUCCACAAGUAUAGAACUAAUUUUAUAAAAAAAAAAUUGUAAAGAGCAAUAAUUGUAACUGAAAUAUAAAAAUAUAUGUUUUCUUAUAUUCUAAGAAUAAACACACUUUGCCAUUCUGUCCAUUACAAAUACAAUAUUUUGACAGUGAGUGAACCAAAUAUUUAGAAAAACUUGUUUAAAUCUGAUGUUACAACAAUUGUGCUAAUUGAGUUACAUUGAUAAAUAUAAAAAAACUAGGUAUAUAUAAAUUAUAAUGGUUGUUAUAUUGGCUAAAAUUUGUAAAAAACACAUAAUGCUAUGAAUAAAUUACACUGAAUCUAAUGUGAUAACAAAAGGAAUAAAAUUUGUUACAUAAAAAAUCUUUUUCACAUCCUAUUCAAGUAUUUGAUCAAACAAUCCUUUUCCAACUGAAUUUCUCUUUUCCUGUGAGUUGAAAAUUUGUCUUUCUCCAACUGAAGAUACCACACAUGGCUGAUAUCAUUCCAAAAAGGCCAAAGUGAGUAAGAGUGUAAAAAAAGUAAGGAAUAUUUGAACCUGUUCAAAGUACCUAAAUAUUGUCUCUGAAUAAAUAUACUUGUCCUAGGAUGUGGUUGGUGAUUUUUUACACUAACCUCACAAAUCUUUAUUAAUUUAUCACCUGACUCAUCUCAAACGAUGAAUUUAUAUCCAACACUAAUAAAAUACAUAAGUAAACUCAUACAAUACCACAGUUUAUUGUUAACAUUAACAUUCAUGAGUAUAGUUAGGAUUUGUUAGAUUAUGAAUAAAUGAAUACAAGG